AUGGAUCUAAAGAAAGGCUCCAAAGAGGAGAUAAUCGUGCAGACAGAGUUGUUGAAAGACAAGUGCAAGGAGAGAUUGAAAACUUCUCGAAGUACUGAAGGACAAGAAUGCCGAGAAUGCAUUGGGAGGAUCCCGUAUGCCACCUUGAUAGCCACAGUGAUGCUGGAACCGUUUCAUUUGGUUUUCAUGAUUGUCGGAGUGGCGAUGGGAAUUUUGGGAUUGAUCCUGUUGCUUUGGGGCUGUCUCGCAACUGGGGAAACGAGGUACUCUGUAUAUAGAGCUGACCGGGCGAGGCUCAUUGGAGGAAGAGUGUGUGGCACUGUGUUCAUGACGCUUGUGUACUUCUUGAACAUCAUUUGGCUCUUGAUCUUCGUGUGCUUGAUCGUCUUGUCCACGGUAUUCACGUUUUUCCUGUCCAUUGACAUGAAUCGAGACAAGCUGAAGAUUUGCACGGAUGGUGACAAGAAGUUGUUUUGCCGAGACUAUGUCCAAAGUGCGCACAUUAUGUUCGUUUUGGCGACGGUCUCCUGUCUGCUGGUUAUCAUCAGUUUGGUAAAUUAUUUGAUGUGCCUUUCUGCAAAUUACGCACACAUCAAAGAAAGUGAGAAGUUCCGUGAUCUUGAAGAAAUUCAGCGACUGAAGGACUCCGAAAUGACCAGUCUGACAAAGGACAGGUACUGAACAUUCUCACAAAAGAAUCAAAGUAGAAAUAUUUUGUUGCUGAAGACAUUCCGUUCGUCCGUUUGUGACGGUGUUAUUUGAAUGAGGCGUUAUUGAGUCAUAAUUAUGGGAAGUUUUAUAUGUUCGUGUACAUUCUUCCUCUGGCGCAAUUUUUGGUCUCUGUAAAGGAGCAAGGAGAUGCUUUUUGUCUUGUGGAAAGUGCGAAUAAAAGUCAUUGUUCGCGAUGAAUAUGCUAGAAUGGUGAUGUCAGCCGCUCUACGAUGUUUUUUUCAAAUUGUGUAUCGUCGAAUCGCUUCCGUUGUGAAUUGGAAUAAACUUGAAAUGUUUUAGACAAUG